AUGCAUUCUCCCAUCAUUGGUAUUGAUUUUGGAACUACGAAAUGCUGUGUUGCCGUCGUCAAGGAUGGGACUACACAUUUGAUUCCAAACGAACACAAUGAAAUGAACACUCCUACGUGCCUCGCAUUCACUGAUACACUGCGAUUGAUAGGAAAAAAUGCAAAAGACCAAAUUCUGGAGAACGCAGAGAACACAUUAAUUGGUUUCAAGCGUCUUAUCAAGGAAAAGCCACCACUACCACCGAAUUGUUAUUAUAGACCUGAUCCAUGCUAUCGGAACAUCUAUCGGAAUAACGUCAUCUGGAAUGUUCGACCAGAAGGCCAGAUCAACUAUCGAGCAGAGAAAUUGUCUAUGAAGCCAGAAGUGAUGACAGCUAUGAUGCUGGAACAAUGCAAAAUCGACGCUGAAAAGUAUCUAGGAACAUCAGUGAAAGAUGCAGUCCUUUCAAUUCCAUCUCACUUUAACGAUUAUCAACGUCAAGUAAUCAAACAAUCAGCAACGAUUGCUGGACUUUCUGUUCGUUGCCUCGCCAGUAGCUCCAUUCUUGGUGCUCUCGAUUAUGGAACUAAUCUGGAGAAGAAGAAGGAACCUCGUAUUGUGUUAGUUUUUGAUAUGGGCGGUGGAUAUUUUGAUUUUGGACUUGUAAGAAUCGAAAACGAAACGUUGACAGUGUUGGGUACAAGUGGAGGUAACAUUGGAGGAGAAGACUAUUUGAACCAAAUCGUUUGGAAAUUUGUGGAGGAAAUCAAAAGCAAGCAUGAGAACAACUUUGUUUUUGAUGCCAAUUCUGUUCAACGUCUUCGAUCGGAAUGCGAAAAAGUAAAAAUCGCACUUUCGAAACAAAACCAAGUUUCGAUUUCCAUUGAUGCUCUUUUCGAAGGAAUUGAUUUCCGUUCGAGUAUUUCACGAUAUGAAUUUUACAAACUCACAUACCAUCUCAAUAAGCAGAUCAUCGAUGAUUUCAAUGAAGUUUUAAAUUCUAGUUCAACGAGAAAGGAAAAGAUUGACGAAGUUAUUCUGAUUGGAGGAGCCAGCCAGAUGCAUGAAAUUCGUAGAUGGCUUUUUGGAUAUUGUCAACCAGAGCAAUUCAAGUGUCUGAGUUCCACCCAUUCCAUUGCACGAGGAGCUGCAAUUCAAGGAGCUCGACUUGCUAAUAUAUUUGUGCACAAGAGCUUGAAUGUCGUGGGUAGCAAUAUGAAUGUCAACCUAUUCGUUGGUGACGGUGAAUCUCAAAACCACAAGGACAUCAUUAGUUUGUGUGACGGAGCCCAACAACAAAUCGACGCCGAUCCAGAAAUGAUUUUUGAGGUUUUAUUCAAAAAAGUUCACUCAACUCUUGGAACCGCAGUGAAACGUAGUAUCGACGCUAUGUCCGACGCUGCGGACAUCCAAAUCUAUGAAGUGUACAAUGUCUACGAUACCUGCGAAGCCUACAAUGUCUACGAAGUCGACCAGGUUCCGAUUUCCAGGAUUGGAACAACAAAACGGAAUGCAAUUGAGCUUGGUUGGGAUUCCGCACAUCUGACUACUACUUCCAGGGGGAAUUUUGGAGGAGUCAAACAAGUAUUUGAAAAGCAGGAUGACGAUGAGAUUCCGCCACAUGGAUACCGAGUCAGUGGGCUGCCGCGCAACGGAUUUGUGAACUUUCAGAACUCGAUACUCCAAUUUUCAAAAUUCGGAAUACUGGAAUUUCGAAAUUCCAGAAGCUCAGACACUCCAAAUUUCGGAGAUUCGGAAAAAAUCAGAAAAAUCUGGAGGUUUGGAAUUGAAGCACUUUUCUACAUUUCAACAUUAAAGAUUUUGAAAAUGUCCAAGAAAUUGCAAUUCAUAAUCCACGGUGUUUCAGGAAGCCUGGUCGGAAAACGCGCCCCAGCGAACUUAAUCUUGAAGUUUUUUUUCCCCCAGCAAUGUCCUUUCCUUCUCGAAAUUAGUAAUCCAGGCGGAUUCUCAUCAUCUUCUUCUGAUCAAGAAUCCUCACGGACCCCUCUCUCCGAAUUCUCGAUGCUUCGUCUCUUCUUUUUACACCAAACCGUUCAAAAAUGUAUGAACAAGAGCGAUUAUUAUAAAUAA